AUGGCCGCAACUUCACCUCGAGUGAUUGAGCAAGCGUUCAAUCACAUCGUUCUUCCCGCGCGCACCCCUAAUCAGUACGAUCGCAACGUGGGAGAGGUAAACAGGGAGCUUAUCUUGCGUGCUCUUCGGGCAGUAGACGCGAUGAUUUCACUGCACGACACCGGGCCUCAGGGUAUACUGGUGCGCGUGAAAAGAUCCCUAGAGCUGGGUGAUUUGAUACAUGACGACGACCAGAUUGUCCGGGGUCAAUUGAUUGCGGCGUUUGCGGAGGUGGAGCAGGAGACUGGGCUGAUGUUGCAUGUUACCGCACAGAAUGCUGGCUUGCUCGUUCAGCCUGCAAGAGAGAAUGAAAAUGGCGAGAAACAAGUUAUUGUGGAGUGCUUCGAAGCUUCGCCCACUGCAAGUAGCGUACUGUCUUGCACCGGCGCCUUAAAUUGUGAUUACCCCGGUACUGCGGUUGCGAUUCCAAUGGACGUGUUCACCAGCGAGUCCUUUCAGCAAAGUCUUGCAGCAUUUCUAGAUCAAGCAAGUGGGGAGACUGUCGAGAAAUUUGCAGCCAAAACAAAGAAAGCAGGGGUCCACAAUAUUGAACACCGCGAUACCGCUGCACCGCACUUGAUAACGCAGAUGCUCAUGGUGCUCUUAGAGUCGGUGGGAUCCCAGGUUGUACUGCCGCUCACCCGCAAGCGGAUAAGGGAUGAAGUCUCCUGGCAUGAUGCUUAUCUCCCCUGGCGGCGGAGUCCAUUUUACCUGGUGGUGCGGGUCUGUGUUGAAAGACUGCUCUAUGUAGCCUGCGGGCCACAUGUAGGCCGGUUCUAUUAUAAAAUGUUCAUUUGCAUGAUACACUUCCAUUUGUUGCUGGACUCGAAAGGGGUAUUGCCGCUAGAGUCCCGUCAUUUUCUCCUAGCAAAAUUAUGUCGACGGCUUGCUAAGCUCGAGACUCAGCAAGAGAAGCACCCGAAGGAAACUGGCCUUGUAUAUUUCAGGGAGGCUUGCAGCCUGCACUUCUCUGAUGGUAUCCAAUAUGCUGCUCAAGGCAUAGAGGCUGAAUGGUCCGAUUUCAAACGGUCUGCUCAGAAGAGAAUACCAAUCCUGCCGGCGCGUGCAAGCGAUCGCGAUACACGUCUUCAAUUACCAAACAGUGCUGCACUCCUGAAAGGAAUGUUGUCGGAAGGACUAAACAACCGGCGAAAGGCUAUCCCCCCACGUGAGUUGACAGGGACACAACUGGAUGCAUGUAUCAAUCAGCCGUAUCGGAAUUUUGCAAAGUCUUACUCUUCUCUUCACAGACUGGAAAGUCAGAUACAGGGUUCGGGUCCGGCAGGGUCCGUGAUGGCAGACGCCGUAGAGCGUUAUCUUGACCAGAUGUCUAAUUCAUUCAAUACAUCAGUCCAGGAAAAGAGUAUCAUGAUGCUUUAUCUCUUUGAACAGUGGAUUCUGUUGGAUCAACAUGCCAUACGCCAGUUUCCCCUGCUCGCAGAAUACAGCUCGGUGUUUUUGCCGAAGCUGCUUGACGUAUUGCAACUCACAUCCUACAAGGACAUGAAACGACUAUGUCAAAUCCAAGAGUAUCUGGACCGUCGCCAAAAUCGCUGUCGCUUCAAACACCUCACCUUGUUCUCUCACCCGGUUGCAGAUGGAUUCUCUGAUAGAUACGUUCGGUGUUCCCCGGACGCGCAACGUCUAAAAACCCUCCAGAAGACCAUCUUGACUGCAUCGCAAGAAGCCCGACUAAAAAAGAAAGAUGAGCUGACGCGUAUCAACAGUCGGUACCGGGAAUUAGACCACAAGGUCAACUCAAUGCGUUGCGAGCGCAAGAAAGAAAGACCGUGGAGCACUUGCUCCCACUGUCAUGCCAAGCGGAAGCGGAAAAGACUCGUAAUCGAAGUGCAUGAGGACUAUCUUCCUGGAGAAGCGGGAGAUGUGCGUCAGAGGGCGGUUAUUUUCGAAAUUGCUAUGCCUGAUGCCCUGGCGAAGUAUCGUGACGCAACAUGGAGGAUGUUGAGUAUGUUGGGGAUUCCCGAGAACACGCAAGCCACAACAGGAGCAUCGCCGCCUGUCAGAGUACUUCUCGAUCGUUAUCCAUGUAUACAGCCCUAUAUAGAGCGUCGAGGGUUGAGGUUUCACUUAGCGUCCCGAAACAAGUCCUUCCUCGUUUCUCAUUACAAGGGAUCCAAUCUUCCGGUCUCUGAUAAACUAGUAUUACUACCCUGUGGACUCGAUCUCGCUUACUACGACACGAAGGAAGGGAGAUGGGCGUCAGAUUUACCGUCUCAAGUAACGUUCGCCCAUCACUUUAGCCUUGACAGGCCGGUCCUCGCGGGUUUAAAAGGUGAAAAUGCGCCGGAGUUCGCAGCAGACGGAAAUGGUCGGUCGUCAUACGAGAUCAUCACGACACAGGGCGAAUGUCCAGCCGAGCUUACCGUUCAUGAAUACAUUACCUACCAAAGUCUCCUCGCGGGCAAGUCAUCAAGGUGGCUCUCUCUGCUCCGUGAACUAGGGUCGUCCAAUCUUAAUUUCAGCCUGGAAUCAACCAUGCACAUAGUUUCUUACUUGGCGCUGCAGGCUGGACCCAGCGCUAAUGGAGAAACUCUUCGUACAGUACACCGGGUGUUCAACGACCCGGAGUUUUGUUCUCAGUUGGCGACACAGAUCGAGCAGAUUCUCUCCAGGAUAUCCAGGAAUUGGCGGGAAGCAUAUUGCAUGGAGAUGUUGCUGACGCUGAUUCUCCGCAUAUGGAACCUUGGAUCGGCGCCAUCAAAGCAAAAGGGUGCUCAACUGGUCCAUCGAGUGCGGCUGAUAACUUCAGACUGGUUUCGGAAUUUACGCCUGGAGAUUCGACGUGGUGUGUGUUUUGAAACUGCGCAGCGUCUCGGCCACUACGCAUUACUAGCAGGAAUUUUAUGUAAGAGAACAUUUGCUGCAUCCCAAGAGGACAUCUUGAAUGCCGGGGACCUACAGAUGUUCCUGGAGGCUUGCAUCACCAUCCAAGAAAACUUGCAAAAUCCAUCCAAUCUUUCAGAAACAGUCCGGGGGAUGUUGGUACGGGAUCUGCGGAUGACUUUCUCUAUGGAGGCCACACUUCGCGAUUCUCUGGCAAGCCAAAACAUUUGCAUGCAGCUUGCAAUCGAAUCAGCUUUGCCGGAGGACCCAAAUGGGCGCAGAGUAUUCGGCCCCUGGCGCCAGGUUCCGAAAUCACAAUGGUGGAUGGAGGCACAGGUGACCGCGACUGAAUCCUCCCGAGUACAGUUCGUGCACUAUCACCCCCUGGAGGGCCAUUUGCUGUUAGACCAGAAGCCAAUUGGAAAGCUUCCCUCGGAAAUCCGAGACUCAUCGACAGUACAGGAUCUAUUCGGACAGGAGCACCUCUUGAUCUUCCCAUCUGCCAUGGUGGGCAUGAGUUACACCUUGGCAUCCCUGCGAAAUGGACAUCAGAUUCAUUUCGGUCAGGUUGGCAAUGAAGUGAUUAUUAAAGCCCUUGCGAAGGGCUCUCGCCUACGGCUGGUUAAUCGACACUGUUUUGGGACUGGCGCCCAGGCUGAUCUCCCAUUUCCGCUAAUUUCGAAUUGUUUUCACUGGCUCGAUUUGAGAACCCAGCAAGUGGAAAUCAGACGAAGGAAGCACAGUUGGAUUCUGAAUCGUCCUGGUAACUGGGUGCUUGACGUGCGGACUCGUCAAGCCGCUCGCGGACAGGUCCGCCUGGUAGAUCCCCAUAGUCAUCUUUUUUCCGAAGUGGCUGCAAUUUUCCAAGAAUUCGAGGAUGUUGAGAAGUUGACCGUCUUUCAACCACGGGUCAGAAACCUCAGCGUGGAGUUGAAGCGCAUGGAUCUGGACUUCACGGUUAAUGCCAAAGGUCUCCUGGUGUGCCGGCAAUUACACGCCGAAAUCGACCCAGACCAAGAUGCUGGAACGUGGUAUGGUCUGCAGAGCAAGAUUAUCCUCCGUGACUCGGCCAAUCCCUUGCACCGAAGUGUGAUUGUUCCAAUUGGGCCAUUAUCCUACCGCCGUCAGGGACCGCAUGUACUGGUCAUGGCAUCGAAUGAUGGUAGAUAUGGUCGGUACCAGCUUGAUAGCGAGGUUGGCCGGCUGAAGUGCGAGCCCGAGCCACUGCUGGUAUAUACCAAAUCGCUGCUGCAUGCGUUCACUUCCUUUCCCCUCCCAGAUCCUCUCACAGGUCGGAGCGGCACCGAAGAGGCUCUCGCCUGUCUUACAGGCGCGAUGAGCCAACCCUGGAACUCACUAGGGCCUUCUCAGGCCGAACCGUUAAUUGCCCUGGCGCAGCUUACUCCAAAGCGAGACUACUACCCCAGAGAAAUGAAACGCCAGCAGAAAGUAUUCUGGGAUGAGAAUCUAACAGUUACGAUCCAACAUGAUCAAUAUCGCCCCCUUGUCGAGAGGAUGGCUGAGAAACUGAACAGGCUGGCCGUGUUUUCCCUGCAAGACCGCCCCUCCUGUUUCAAUCUAGAGCGCCGGGGUGUUCCAUACCUCACACAGAGAAGUUAUCUGCGCCGACGGAACUUUGGGAGAUCCGAACCUCGGCUGGAUUCAUUGUUUCCUGCUGCUCAAGAUCAACAAUAUGGUAGUCGUGACAAACGAACAAAGAGCUUGGGCUCUUCUCCAGUCUAUGAGGUGGCCCAACUGCUGCGGCACCCUCCAACGCGGAUAACAACCACUCCGUCAUUGGCGAAGUUCUUUGGCCAGGUCGAGUGGAUCACCGGAUACUCCGCCAAGUUUCAAAAAAGCUCAAUAAAUGAAUUAAUGAAGCUAAAUAUCCCCGCCGAAUGGGGGCAGCUGGUCCAUCUCUGCCGACAGUACCCCGCUGAACGGUACGAUAUCAUGUUUAAGCUUGCGAUCAUUGCCCUUGGCGACGAUGUGGAUAUGGGGCUUCUGCGUGUCUUGGUCGCAUUCUGUAUCCUGCCUAGUCUGCAGAGCCUUGACCUUCCAGCACAUGCCGAGUAUUCUGGGUUCCAGCUCCCACAGGAGGAGCUUUCCCCGGAAUCUAUCGUCAGAUGGAUUGAAAAGGGCUUCGGUUCCUCGGCGAGUACGUACAACAACGCCAGACUCCAGAAGAGGAUUCCGCAAUCAAUGUCAUUAGCACAGUAUACGCAACUCUUUGAAAAGGAGCGCCACGCCAUCACAGCUGAAAUCCGUGAGCAAUGGCCGUACAAGAAGCUUCAUUCCCUGGGCAUAUCCACCACAGUCAUUGAUAUCAACGGUGCCAUUGACUUAAUUGCCGAUGACGGGUUUCUUUGUCCCAUAAAGAACUCUGAAUUUGCACAAAGCCUUCGGGACAUUCAAACCAUUCUAGACCGACACGUCGGCUACUCAGUAGGUCCAUUUCCACUGGGAAUCAAGGCAAAUACAUCAAGAUACCCGGUUCCCCAUCGAUCCGAAGUGAUUCCGGAUAUAAGCAGCCUGCUUCUGAAGCCCGCACCACUCGAGGUUUGUUCCGUCAGGGAGCUUCAGAGGCCAGUCGUUAAUCGAGCCUCCUCUGAGAUUCGCGGCUCCGCGUCAUCUCGCUUGGUGAUGCAUGCUGGCGAUGAUACGCACUCGAAAGAAUCUUCUGCGCAUCGUGCAGAACUCAGGACCAUUAUUGACGAGUUGACCACAUCUCCUUCGACAGUGAGAAGAGAAUAUGGAGAAAACCUAAUGAGUAGCUUGGACUCUUUGGAGCGCGUGUGCACCAGAGAGCACUCCCCCGCGAGCAUUCCCACCGCACAGGAUACAAGAUCGGCAAUAGAGGGCGCGCGAAAUGCAACAAAGACGCAGCUACAAUCCAUCCGUGAUUUAUUAUCCAAGUCGGACAUGCGUCAUAAGUGGCUUUCGAUAGCCCAUCUCUGGCCAUGUUUGACCCCAGUGACUAUACUGGAGCAGCUACGCUCCUCCGCUCCGCGAUGCUUUGGGCGCAAUAUGAAGCAAGCAUUUGUAGCCUACGGGGUCUUGAUCACUCGUCUGCAGCAGGUCCUCCGAAUUCAUGAUGCGGUUAGGAAGGAAGAUGCGAAACGCUUCCGGGAAGAGCAUGAUAACGGCGGCCAUGAAAACUGGGACCCAGAGGAAUUUCCGGAUUGGCUCCUGAUGGAAAUCGAUGCGGGUAUCCUCAUUCGAAAGUCCCAGGUCGAUGUUGCGCGCGCCACCAUCUCUCCUGCUUCGGGGUCAAACUCUGUCCUCCAGAUGAACAUGGGUCAAGGGAAAACCUCGGUUGUAACGCCGAUUGUGCUCUGUGCUUUGGCAGAUGGGGGAAGGUUAGUCCGGCUGCUGGUCCCUGAGUCCCUCCUGUUACAAACGGCACAGACUCUCCAAGCCCGGCUGGGCGGCCUGGUUGGUCGCGAGGUACUUCACAUUCCAUUUGCUCGAAGGUCUCCAACCGAGGUGGACUCAAUCCGCGAGUAUCGAGCCCUUCACGAGGAGAUACGCCAACAAUGCGGCGUCAUCUUAACCCUGCCCCAGCAUGUUCUUUCCUUCAGGCUCAAUGGGUUCCAGUGCGUGGCCGAUUCUCGCCUUGAAUCGGCCAAGGCUAUUCUAUCGACCAGUGCCUGGAUGGGCAGCGUGUGUCGGGACGUCAUUGACGAAUGUGACUUCUCCUUGGCCGUGAAAACUCAGCUCAUCUAUCCCAGUGGGUCCCAGUUCCCUGUGGACGGCCAUCCGCAGCGCUGGAAGACUGCCCAUGUGCUCUUAAGUAUGAUCGAGGAGUCUUUGGCAGAGCUGGAGCAGGCCUUUCCCUCCAGCAUCGAGGUCGUACGACGGCCCCACGGCAGCUUCCCCAUUAUUCACAUUCUGCGUCCGGAUGUGGAGCAGAGAUUGCAUCAAAAGCUAGUGGACGAGUUGUGUUUCUCCGAGAGACAUCCCAUCUCUUUUCUGGGGGAUCACUGCGAUCUGCAGCUGGUGGGACAGUUCAUCUCUCAGACUACCGUUCAGGAGGGCACCGUAAUCCCGCUCCUAAAUCAAAGCUUUGGGGAGCAGCCGACCAAGUUGAAGACCCUAUUCCUUCUUCGCGGGUUGAUUGGUCAUGGAAUCCUUCUUCUAUGCCUCAAGAAGCGAUGGAACGUGCAGUAUGGACUGCACCCCGGCCGGAGUCCCAUCGCAGUUCCUUUCCUUGCCAAGGGGGUGCCGUCCGAGCAAGCAGAAUGGGGUCAUCCCGAUGUGGCCAUUGUUCUCACCUGUCUGGCCUUCUAUUAUAACGGGCUGUCUCAAGAGCAGCUUUCUCAAUGCUUCCGUGAUCUCUCCCAGUCGGACGACCCGCCCAGUCAAUAUAACAGUUGGAUAUCGCAUUCGGACAGCCUCCCUCCGUCCCUCCGGCAUUGGAACUUGAUCAAUGUUGAUGAUGACGUGCAGAUGCGAGACGUUUGGCAACAUCUGCGAUAUGUGACAGUCAUUAUCAACUACUUCCUCGAUCAUAACGUGUUUCCAGUCCAUGCCACCCAAUUUUCGCAAAGGCUGCAAAUGUCCGCGUGGGACCUGCCGCUAUUCAACGGGGACGACGGUGGACCAACCCAGAGCGACGCGCUCACUACGGGUUUCAGUGGAACGAAUGAUGACCGCUUCAUGCUUCCUCUCACGAUCCAACAGAAGGACCUCUCGGCCCUAUCCCAUACGAAUGCGGAGGUACUAACCUAUUUACUUCAUCCGCGCAAUCGAUCGUAUGAAGUGGCCGCGCACGGGAAUGGGAAACAUCUGACGGAGAUUGGACUCCUCCACAAACUCCAUAACAUGGGUAUCCGGACGCUGAUCGACGCCGGUGCCCAUAUCCUCGAGCUUAGCAACCGUGAUCUCGUGCGACAAUGGUUGUCCAUUGACCACCAAGCGCCGGCAGCUAUAUACUUUGACGCUGGGAAUAAACCGUGGGUGGUGGACCGAAAUGAGACCGAAGUGCCUCUUCUCGCGUCCUCCUUUGCAAAUGACUUGGGCAACUGCUUGGUCUAUUUAGAUGAGGCUCACACACGCGGCACCGAUCUAAAAUUCCCGCCGUCUACACAGGGCGCCCUAACCGUGAGCCUAGGGCAGACAAAGGACCAUACUGUGCAAGUACUAUUCCCACGGUUAGCUGCCAUGAGACUUCGUCAACUAGGAACAUCCCAGUCUAUCGUCUUCCUGGCGUCACCAGAGGCCCAUCAGAGCAUCCUAGACCACCGACGGAAGAUGCAUGGCCACAAAAUCAACUCGACCGAUGUUAUCUCUUGGCUGCUAGAGCAGACAUGCCGGAAUCAGGAGCAGCUCAAACCCUUGUAUUUGAACCAAGGAUAUGAUUUCUGCCGCCGAAUAGAUGCCCAAUCGAGCUAUGGGGGGUUUUUAACGGAUCCGAUGCAGCGACAGGCACUCAUGACAACCCUCAUGCAGCGAGAACACCAUGCACUAGAAGAGCUCUAUGCUCCCCAGUCGACCACCUCCUCUCGCGCGGCCGCAGAUCUUACAUUUAGGCAUGUCCAGAUCAUACAAUUUGCCGCAGCCUUAGACAGGCAUCGCCUUGGCUCGGAUCGACCGGUGGCCGCAUCGGCACUGGCUUUCGCCGAGGUUGAACAAGAACGGGAAUUGAUGACGCAGGUUCAGGACGUCCGCGAUAUCCAGCCCCCGGUACGUCUCCAGCAUUGCAUCUUCCCGGGACUUCAUGGAGCAAUCAAAGAAUUUGCGCUUCACGGACGCCUUGCCGGCUCGCAAGGGUACGAACCGGCAUUUACGGCGCUCCAGCGAACCGCCACGGGUCGAAAAUACGCGGUCCGAAAUGGUCAACAGUCUCGUCUGUAUGUCUCCAUGGAAUUUACGAGGACGGUUAAGAUACGGCGAGGCGAGUGGCUUGCAGACUUUUUGCGUCCUGUACACUGGAUCCUUUGGAGCCCUGGAACCGCAACAGCCCUUGUUAUCAUUCCCGAGGAAGUUGAGUGUUUGAUUCCAUUGAUUACGGCCCAGCCGAAACCAGUCACACACUUAUUGGUAUACGCGGCUCCUGUCACCAAGGAGAUGAUCCAUUUUAACUCCCUGGGAUAUUAUGCUUUCCCAGCGCUUCCGCCGGGUCAUCAGUUCCCAGCUCUUCUCCUCAUUGAACUAGGUAUUCUGGCGGGCCGCCUAUUUUUCUCGUAUGAGGAUUAUACGGCGAUUCUGAAAUACCUCGGACAAGAACCGAUUUCGGGGGUGAAAUCAAACGGUAAUGCUCUUAGCUCCUAUACACAGAAUGCAGGCUCCAUAGCCCAUGACGCCCUGGGUUUUCUUCAGGAGUGGCUAUCAAUGACCAGGAAAGGUCGAGAAUUCGGACACACCCCGAUGGGGUAUAUUUGUCGCAAUCGACAACUGGAAAGAAGCCAUGCCCUUUUUGCGGAUGGGAGAGUGGAUGAUGUUACUGCGGACACGCCGCCAGCUCUCUCUGCGGAAUCGUUCGACAGCGGGGGAGAGGAGUCUCUCAGUCUGUAA